AUGAGAGAAAUCGUUCACGUUCAGGCUGGACAGUGCGGCAAUCAAAUUGGUGCUAAGUUUUGGGAAGUGAUUUCGGACGAGCAUGGUAUUCAAGCAGAUGGCACGUAUAACGGUGACUCGGAUUUGCAGAUCGAAAGAAUCAACGUUUACUACAAUGAAGCAAAUGGUGGUAAGUAUGUCCCACGAGCUGUGCUUGUCGAUCUGGAACCGGGUACGAUGGAUUCCAUUCGAACAGGGGGAUUUGGACAGCUAUUCCGCCCCGAUAACUUUGUUUUUGGACAAAGUGGAGCUGGUAAUAAUUGGGCUAAAGGACACUACACUGAGGGUGCGGAGUUGGUUGAUAACGUUUUGGAUGUUAUUCGUAAAGAGGCCGAGGGUUGUGAUUGUCUUCAGGGAUUUCAAUUAACACAUUCGCUGGGCGGUGGUACUGGUUCCGGUAUGGGUACACUAUUGAUCUCUAAAAUACGUGAAGAAUAUCCAGACCGGAUCAUGAGCUCUUUCUCUGUAGUUCCGUCACCAAAAGUAUCGGACGUUGUUUUAGAACCAUAUAAUGCGACAUUAUCGGUACAUCAAUUGGUUGAAAAUACUGAUGAGACUUUUUGUAUUGACAAUGAAGCUUUAUAUGACAUAUGCUUCCGGACUUUGAAACUGUCUAAUCCAACUUAUGGAGAUCUCAAUCACUUAGUGUCGGUUACAAUGUCUGGCGUAACCACAUGUCUGCGUUUUCCUGGUCAGUUAAAUGCUGAUCUUCGUAAAUUAGCAGUCAAUAUGGUUCCAUUUCCACGCUUGCACUUUUUUAUGCCGGGAUUUGCACCUCUUUCUGCUAGGGGAGCUGCUGCAUAUCGUGCUUUAAAUGUAGCCGAGCUUACUCAACAGAUGUUUGAUGCCAAAAAUAUGAUGGCAGCAUGUGAUCCACGUCAUGGUCGCUACCUUACUGUGGCUGCUAUGUUCCGUGGACGAAUGUCUAUGCGGGAAGUAGAUGAACAGAUGAUGCAGGUGCAAAACAAGAAUUCAUCGUACUUCGUAGAAUGGAUUCCAAAUAACGUUAAAACGGCUGUUUGUGAUAUCCCUCCACGUGGUUUGAAGAUGAGUGCAACGUUUAUUGGUAAUACGACGGCUAUACAGGAGCUCUUUAAACGUAUCUCUGAGCAGUUUACUGCUAUGUUCCGUCGAAAAGCAUUUUUGCAUUGGUAUACUGGAGAAGGGAUGGAUGAAAUGGAGUUUACAGAAGCAGAAAGUAAUAUGAAUGAUCUGGUAUCGGAGUAUCAGCAGUACCAAGAUGCGACGGCUGACGAUGAUGCUGAAAUGCAAGAAGGAGAAUCCGAGUAUGCUGAACAGGAGUAG